AUGGGUGGAAACUCGAAAGUUACCUAUGUUAAGAUAUUCUGUAAACAGGUGCUAAUCGGUCAUGAGUCGUUUGCGUUGGAAAAGCCUCUGCCGAAUAAUCAUCGGUUUCGAUGGAUUCUUUUUGUGCGCCCAAUCAUUGGCUCGAAAUUUACCGAUAGAACUUUUGUUUAUAAGGUAGAAAUUGAACUGCAUCCGACUUUUUCCAAUCCAUUUCGUGUACUCAAAGAGCCACCGUUUGAGCUUGAAGAAACUGGCUAUGCUUCAUUCACACCGAAACUGAUAAUAUAUUUCAACACACCACAUGCUAAACCGUAUCCUGUUCAAUAUGACAUGAAUCUAAAAUUGGAGAAACAUGCAUUCCAUCAGCAAGAGAUGACUUUCGCGAUGUCGGAUGUUGUGCCUUCAUUUCUUGAGUUGGUACGGCGUUUCUGUGGCUCAACAGAUGGUAAAAGAAAAAAACGUGACACGGAUCCUGCUUCCAAUCGUUCAAAAAAGUCGAAACCGGACGAUAAAAUAACUUACUCUGAUCGAAAUAAGAAGGAAAUUAAGAACAGCGAGAAAAAGAAGCAUAAAGAUAUGGAAAACGAGAAGACCAAGGAAAAGAAAAACAAACGUUUUUACACGGAAACAAAUGACGGCACUGAUAAAAAGAUGAUGCCAGUUCGCGACUCCUCUCCAAGUUCGGCACUAGUGGAUACCUCUGCGCUUCGCGUGACUAUUACACCACAGCGUCCCGUUAAAGUAGCACCUAAUAAGGCGGAGGAUCGCAGUCAGGACAGUUCGAGUGAUGCGUCGACUGCUUACGACUCAUCUCCGUCGUCAUUAUCGUCCAUUGGGAUCUCUAGUCCUCCAUCCCGGCGAACGCUUCCUCUCUCUGAGUUACAUCGUCGUUUAAUAUCUCUAACGGACGAGAAUAUGAUAUUCAGGUGGGUGCUUACGCAAUAA